CUCCUCUCUAGAUAUGAACCUGUAAGGCGAAACCUGUCCGAAUUAAAGCCCUUUUUUUACUGUCCACACGUCAGCUAUGCAGACAGGUGCGUUCAUGGAGUCUCACCUGGGACGGUUGGCCCCUUGUGUCCUGUCCCUGUUCCUGCUCAUACACCUGUGCCUGGCUGCACCAGGUCUGCCUGGGACACUAAGUGAGGAAACCCAAGAUGCCCAUCCCCCUUCAGUAAAGCUAGCCAAUCCCUUUGGCUCUGGAGAGGAGGACCGCAGGUUGUUGCAAAGUUACAUUCAGUCCAGCCUGAAGGAUGGCCAAGGAGGACCUGAAAUCAGCACUUGGGAGCAAGAGGUAUUCUUCCUGUUUCGCCUUUAUGACUACGAUCGCAGUGGGCUCCUGGAUGGCUUGGAGAUGAUGAAGCUACUCUCAGACUAUAACUCCCAUCAUGCACCUGGAGCACAAGCCAAUGAGCUGGUGGUGUCUAUGGUAGAUUUUUUACUCCAGACUCAGGAUCUAAACCAGGAUGGUCUGUUGGCCCCAUCAGAGCUGCUGUCUCCUCCAUUACCUCACGCACAGGACUCCAACAACAACAAAGCACCUCACAUGGAGCAGGAGGUGGAAAAGCCCAAUACGGACGAGGAGAAGGCGGGAGAAGCAGAGCAGAGAGAGCAGAUUCAUGACGAGUUGCAGCCUCAAGAUGAAGAGCAACCUCAACAGGAAAUAAAGGCAGAAGAACAGCAUGGACAACAUAUCCCAGAAGCCCCAGCAGCAGAAGAUCAAGGGCAGGACCACAAAGUCGCUGUUCAUCUGGGGCAACCAGAGAUCUGAAUGAACACACACGCUGCUUCUGUCCACACUGUCAUUCUGUGCUCUUGAGUCAAGCCAGCAGAAGACUGAUGAUACAUGAGGUGAAAAUAAUGCUCAACUCUGCAUCCCCACAAAUGCCUCUCUCUUGCUUUGAAAGAGACACAAAUGUCUCUCUUGCUCCUGAAAUUCUACCAUCAAUUUCAGCUGACUUUAACAUAAAUGAAAAGAUGAAUCUGUUGGAAUUGGAAUUGGAAAACCUUUUUUUUUUUAAUAUAGUUACAUAUUGGUCUUAAUUAUGAAUGCAAAGAUUUCUAGAGCUGUAAAAGGGACAAACGUCUUGAAUUCUAAAUGCAAUAUUAUCCAUAUUAGUAAAACAGAAGCCAUCAUAAGUGGAGAUUAGUACUGAAUGUAUUUGAGGUUUUCUACAGUAUGUAGAGACUGAUGUUACAUGUACACACUGAUUGGCCUUAUUGUGUCUGACUCAUUUCAAGCUUAGGAUUUGCACCUAGAAGUGAUGCACCAGGAGUGCAUCGGGACUGUUAUCUAGUUAAACUGGUCUCAUUUACAGACAGCUCAGUUCAGCUAGUGUGAUAAUGUAUACUGGUGUGCCAUGAAAUUCAAUUUGGUCUUCCUUGAGAAUUCCCUCAGCCUACACAAUGACUUAUAUGAUUUAAUGAAUAACAUUGGGUUAUUGAGAAAAAAAAACAUCUUAUUAGGGCGUAUUGGCAAAGUCUUAAUUUUUUCACUUGCGUGUGAUCCCAUGAGCAUUAUAUUUUGUGAUGAUUUUAAUGUGCCUGAAUGAGUUGAGAACCAUUAAAUUACAGAAAAGUGCGGUACUCUUAGUAAGUACUUAAUGAGUUGCAGCCAUCUACCACUAGUAUUCAUCGUCAUAAUUAAGGUCAGGAAGGCCUCAUUGAAAUAACAUUUGAUGUAAUUUAGUAUUAAAUUCAGCCUUUAUCUGCAAACUUGAAUGUGUGUGAGUUUUUGCUGUAAUUUUUUGUUUACCCUUUUUAAACAUUUAUGCAU